GCGACGUCUUGGGCUGCAUGCUUUUUGGCGGGGCGCAGCUCUAGGUUCCGGGUUGUCGUGGCGACGCUCAGGGGCGUAGUGGUGGAGCUGACGGGCGGCGAUAAUGACAAAAUGGCCGCCGGUCGCUACUCCGCCAGGUUGCGUCCAGAACAACGGCAGCGCAGCAGCACACGGAGACGGCCUGCUGCUUUUGGGGCCUGCAGGUCAAUACGCCCGAGCCGGACGGCGAUUCGUCGGCGAAGAUGUCGCGCAAAAGUACUUCAUUAAAAUGCUCGAAAACGCGGGAGCCGGCGCCCUGUAUGGGAAGGAGCUCUGCCCCCUGGGGCACCCGCUGGGGGCCCCGACGCGGCCGCGCCUUUUAUUGUGCGCGCCGCCCAUCCGGGCAGCCGUCGCGC